UAUUUACAAGACAAUAAAAAAAAAGAAGAAACAAAACAAGAAAGUAAGACAGAAAAGUUAUAGUGGAUGGAAAGUCUUUAAAAUUUCGAAGAAAAAAUAAAUAUCAUAAAACGAAAGGUGAAAAGUUUCUCGUUCUUCAAUCGAGCUAUCGGUGGCAAAGAGUGAAGAGUGUUUGUUUUUUUUUAUUUACAAUCGUAAAAGACUUCUAUAAGUUCAAGAUAAAAAGUGCAGUCAGCACUAAAUAACAAAAAAAACAUACAAAGUUUAAGUGGAUAAAUCUUAAAACAAAGAAGCUGACGGAAAAACCUGAUUCUUGGACUACCUGUGGAUUUUCUACUCCCGAAUCUUACGACAAUUUAAGACGAUUUAUUUAAACCACACAACACAUACAAAAUGAAAUUAGCCAUUUUAGCCAUUUGCCUUUUGGGCUUCAUGAUGCUUGAAUGUCAUUCGUCGCCUGUCCAACUUGUAGAAAAUUAUGAACUUGCAUCCAAAGCUAGAGCACUUGGUCGACAAGCGGUAGCUGGUGAUAUUGCACCUGCUGCUGCAGCCGCACCUGCACCAGCUGCCUCUUCAGAUGAUGAUGACGAUGAUGAUGAGGACGAUGAUGAUGAUGAUGAUAUUACGGAUUUGGUUGAUGAUGAUGAUGUACAAUUACUGUCGGGACUUGCAGACGACGAUGAUGAUGACGAAGAUGAUGAUGAUGAGGAAGAUGACACACCACAAGGUCAAGCUGCUCCAGUUGCUGCUGCUGCACCAGCUGCUGCCGCUGAUGAUGAUGAGGAUGAUGAUGAUGAUGAUUAUAUUGAUAGGAUUUUCGAUGAUAUUCUUGGAGAUGACGACGAUGAUGAUGAUGACGAUGAAGAUGAACCAAGUCCAGCUGCUGCCGCUGCCCCAGUUCAGCCAGCUCCAGCUGCUGCUGCUGCACCCGCUCAACCUGUCGUCCCAGCACAACCUGCUGCCGCUGAAGUUAUCGAUGAAAUCCAAUCGGCUGCAUCCGAAGGCGAAAAUGUGAUUGCUGGUGCUGAAGAAGGUGCUGUCGAAGGUGAACAAAAUGUAUUUUAUGACGAAGAGAACUCAGGCAUCGAUACAAAAGUCGACAUCCAAUCGUUGAAUGUCAAGCCAAUAGAAGCGACAACAGCUAAAGUAGCUGUAGCAGCUCCAGUUGUUGCUGCUGCUCCCGCACAAGUUGAAUCAUCUGAUGAUGAUGACGACGAUGAUGAUGAUGAUAUUGCUGGUGCAUUGGCCGUUGAUGAUGACGAUGAAGAUGACGAUGAUACCGAUGAUGAUGAUGAUGACGAAGAUGAUAUUGUUGGUGAUGAUGUCAUUGAAGCAAGACGUGCACGCGGAGCUGAAAAGAAUGUUGUCAUUGAGAUGCCAAAGGAUGCAUUCCAGGAACGUCACAACCAGUUUAUUGAUGCGAUUUUCGCUCGUAUCAAUCGUAUUGUAUCUGAUUCCUAUGAUCCGUUCAAAGUUCGUUUGGCAUCACUUCCACCAAAGCAGGCAACUAAAUCAUCACAGAAACCCAGUGCACCCAGUAAGACAACAAAAACAAGUACUAAGAGUAAAACAAAAAAAGUAUCUGCAGGUUCAAAGGCUCGUUCCACCGAUGCCAUAGUUAUAGCCAAUUCCACAACACUCGACACCACGUCUGCGGUAGUAUUCGAACAAAAACCAUCAACACCAACCGCAGUAGUUGCUGCUGCUACCCUUUCGGCUGAAGAAAACAAUCAAAAACAUCAGCAAAACCAAAAGCAGAAGCAGCACAAACAAAAACCACAAUCUGCUGUCAGCUCUGAAUCGCCUGCUGAAAAGCCUGAAAAGCGAACAGUUCCAUCUUUGUCCUCCACAACCCCAUCAAAAAAUAAGAAAAAAAAUCAACCUCUUCGGGGUAAUGCCGCUGCUGCCGCUGCUAUCAAGCAGCCAACAAAGCAACAGCAACAACAAAAGCCCAAGCAAACUUCCUCCAAUUUGUCGGCUACAACAUCAGCAACAGCAACAGCAUCACCAGCUAAAUCAGCUUCAUCUGCUGCUGCCGCUGUGAUGGUGGAAAAACUACGAGGCGCCGAAGGUAGCCUCUCUGGAUUGGCAUCUUUGCGUCGUGUUGGUAACGCCAAAGUGGUCACCGAUCCGGAAGGCAGAAAUUCGACAAUUAAAAGCAAAUUCACCCUGGGUCCGCUGACACUCAAAGUGGAGAAGUCAUUCAAGCGCGGCAAUGUGCGCAACGUGAAGACAGCCACUGCCCGCACCAACGAAAUGAUCGGCCGUAUUAAGUUCAGUGUGGUUAAUGACCAGGCUACCCUUGUUUCCAUUAAGGUUCAACAGCCUAAACAGGUCGAAGUCGAGAGCAAGGAUAAUCACGACCGUACUAGGGAAAUGGUCUGGAGGCGCACUCCCAAAAUUGCCCGUCUGGUGUCGGAAAAAUUGAGACUGGCAGCAGAAUCCUUGUUCCAACCUCGUGCAGGAGUUGAAGUUGUUCGAUUGUAAAUUUAUAAUUUUGUUUUUUUUUUUUUUAAUC